AUGCUCAAAGUUCUCCUGAAGAAAAAAUUCAUGCUCCAGUGGGAAAAGUCCCCCUUGGAAGAAUUUCAUCAUCAAUUCCUCUGUGAGGCUGCCGCGAAUGUUUUCUGUGUUCUUCAGUUGGCGUUUGAUCCUAACAGCUCUUACUCAAAAGAGAAUCUUAAUGUGCUCCUGCUGGGAGACACAGCAGCUGGAAAAUCCAUGAUCGUCAAAACAGCGGUGUUACAGUGGGCCAGUGGCAGCAGAGGCAUGUGGAAGGGCAAGAUCUCAUAUGUGGUUCACCUCACGGCUCACGAAAUGAACCAGAUAACCCACAGUAGCUUGGUGGAGCUGAUCUCCAAGGACUGGUCUGAGGGCUUGGCCCCGAUUGCAGACAUCCUGUCCGACUCCCGGAGGCUCCUGUUUAUCCUUGAGGACUUGGACAACAUAGGUUUCACCUUGAACACAGAUGAACCUUUUCUGUGCAGUGACAGCAGAGAGCGGGUACCGGUACCGGUUCUCCUGGCCAGUUUGCUGCAGAGAAAAAUGGCUCCAGGCUCCUGGUUCCUCCUCACAUCGAGGCCUGCUGGUGAGGCGGCCCUCAAAGCAUUCAUGAAGCCAACGGACUGCUGUGUGGUCCUGCAGCUCUCGGAGGAAAAGAGGCGGGUGUAUUUCGACUUAUUCUUCAAGGACAGCCAGAGGGCUGCAGCAGCCUUCAAGUCUGUUCACGAGAAUGAGGUGCUCGUGGGUCUGUGCAGAGUCCCCAUUCUAUGUUGGAUCAUGUGUACAGCGCUGAACCAACAGAUGGACAUGGGGGCUGAUGUCCCCCUCUCCUGCCAAAUGCCCACGGAUAUCUAUGCCCAUUUCCUUGCUGAUGCAUUGACGUCUGAGGCUGGAGUUCCUGGCAGUCAGCCCCCACUUGUUCUCCUGAAGUGCUUGGGUGUUCUGGCAGUGGAAGGACUGUUUCACAACUCUCUGAAUUUUAGCAUCAGAGACCUCAGCAGUGUUGGGCUUACCGAGGAUGAUGUCUGUUUGUUGCAGGCCCUGAAUAUUCUUUUGCCCAGCAGCACUUAUGUAAACCAUUACCAGUUCGCUCACGUGAACGUCCAGGAGUUUUGUGUGGCUGUGGCCUACCUGAUGGGAGUCACCGAUUGCCCGAUUCCCUUGGGCAGUGAAGAGAACAAAGACAAGAGGGAUCAGUAUGAUGACUUUGAUCCCGUCAUCACUUUCAUUUUUGGCCUCCUCAAUGAGAAGAGAAGAAAGGUCCUGGAGACAUCUCUUGGCUGUCAACUCCCGAUGGCAAGACGCUUCAAGGAGUACUUGCUGGCACAAAUGCAGCAGUUGGGCGACGACCUAAAAGCCAUGGAGCACCACACGCCUUUGUUUUACUGUCUGUUUGAGAAUCAGGAGGAAGAAUUUGUGAGUCAGAUGAUGGGCUUUUUCUCGGAGGCUACCAUUUAUAUUCAAGCCAACAGAGACCUGAGGGUGUCGUUAUACUGUUUGAAACACUGCCAUUCUCUCCGGAAACUUAAGCUGAGUGUUCAGCAUAUCUUUGGAGGCAAGGAGCCCACUGGAAAACUAACUCCUAGUCAGAUGAAGAGCCUGCUCUAUUGGAGAGACACCUGCUCUCUGCUUCACACGAUGAAGACUCUCCGGGAGCUGGAAAUCUGCAUCAGUGACCUUGACAACACUUCGGAAAGGGUUUUGUCUAAGGCCCUGAGACACCCUGACUGUAAGCUUGAAAUGCUCAU